AUCUUCGUUGCAAACAUGCACUACUCCGCCAUCCUCUUCGCCGCCGUCACUGGCCUCGCCGCCGCUCAGGUUCAGACCGGCAACUACACCAUUGACCCCAACUCGGUCGAUUCCACCACCAGAGCCAACUGGUGCCGUGCUGAGACCAACACCUGCCCCAUUCUGUGCGGUGGCAACCUCUACAAGUCCAACACUUGCGAGCAGGCGAGCUUCUCUGACUUACACCUGCGUCUGCAACAACGGUCUCUCGCCCGACUUUACGAGAACACCAUCCCCUCGUUCGUCUGCCAGGAGUACAAGGGCCAAUGUCUCGCCACCAACGCUGGCAACGCUACCGCUCAGGACCAGUGCCAGGAGAUUACCUGCGGUACCAAGACUGCCGUCAAUCUCGUCACCUCGUCUGCCGCCUCGUCGUCCAGCUCGGCUGCAUCCAGCGGCUCCAGCGCCGCUGCUAGCGCUACUUCCGCUAUGGCUAGUGGCUCUCAGUCCGCAGCCUCCAGCGCCGCCACCGCUUCCUCUACUGGUGCUGCCAGCGCUGUGACCGUCGGUCACGGUGCUCUCGCUGCCUCUCUGUUCGGUCUCUUCGCCUACGCUCUGUAA